ACCCGGUAUGUGACGUCACAGAACUCACGUGACCAAAACAAUACUAUAUUUGUAUACAUGCAAAUAGAAACAUUCAAUACUUGACAUUUUCCGAGCUGAUUUUAAACAACAAGAAAGACCGCCAAAACCAAUGAAGCGUGCUGAAGCCGGGGCGGCCCCGGGGCAGGUUCCUUCGUAUGGAGCCGGGUACCAGACCCCUAGCUAUCUACACAAUCCUAUCCGAUCAUACCAACAAAAGUCUAUCGUAGAGGCCUAUGUCCUCCAUUUCACCCUUGGACUUCUGGGCGCCCAUCACUUCUACCUCAACAGACCCGGAUGGGGAAUACUGUAUUUCUUUACCUUUGGCCUAGUAGGGGUUGGCUACGUCAUAGAUUUAUUCCGAAUGCCAGUCCUAGUGAGGAACGCUAAUGAACGGAUUCAGGACCCGACCAAGCAAGGAAAACUCAGGAUCGACGAUGCUUAUGUCCUCUGGUUCCCGUUUGGACUUCUUGGAUUCCAUCAUUUCUACUUAAGGAACUAUUCACUCGGAGUUCUCUACUUUUUCUCGUUUGGACUGUUUGGAAUCGGCUGGCUCAUCGAUCUUUGUUUGAUUCCAAAAUACGUCAAAGAAGGCAACUCGGAAACACGUGACCCAGGGGAAAGGUCAACGAGUAAGGCUAUGAUCUUCGCCAUUUCUCCACUUGGAGUCUUUGGCGGUCAGCAUUUUUAUUUAAACCGUUAUCUAUUCGGAUUCUGUUACUUCUUUACGUUCGGACUAAUGGGAAUCGGUUAUAUUGUUGACUGGUUCCGAACGCCAACUCUUGUGAAACGUUACAACGAGAACCGGAAGUCGACGGAUGUCCGAGCCAAGCGUUAUGUUGACGACGCAUAUCUUCUUUGGUUUCCAUUCGGUAUUCUUGGAUUUCAUCACUUCUACCUCAAUCGUCCAGGAUGGGGAUUUCUCUAUCUCUUUACCUUCGGACUCCUCGGGGUUGGCUGGCUUAUAGACGUAUGUAGAAUCCCAGGCCUGGUAAAGGAUUUUAACAGAAUUAGCGAGGAACGUCAAAGCAUUAGAACAAUCCAUGGGCCACACGGGGCACCAAUUAUAGUAGGAAAUGGCCAACAGGGCCCGUAUGUGCAGACGGCAGUGGGACCCACGACAGUCAGACUGAAUUUUGAACCUCCCUCAGCACUGCCCUCUGGUGGAGGAGUAACGUCCCCUGGUUAUUACGCCUCGGGAGGCUACCAGAGCGCACCGACAUACCCUGUACAACAAGGAUACCCGGUACAACAGGGAUACCCACCGCAACAAGGAUAUCCCCAGCAACAGGGAUUCCCCCAGCAACAGGGAUUCCCCCAGCAACAGGGAUUUCCCCAGCAACAGGGAUUCCCCCAGCAACCUGGAUAUCCGCCUCAACAACAACCUGGGCUUUCUACAGGUUUUGGCGGUCGCAUUGAAAGCCCUCCCCCUUAUACGGAAACCAGCAACGAAGCUGCACCGUUGCCGAAAAAGGACUGAAGGACUUGUCCAUUGGCCAUCUUGAACAUUCGACUCAUUUCUUGAAGAAAUGAUUGGAAAGCAACCGUCAUAACCAUAUGAUAUAUGACAAAUGUCCUCAGUUUCAUAAAACUUCAACUGCUGUGAUGAUAUUAUCAACGAGAUAUUUUGCGCUGCUUAAUUUUGCAUCAUUAACAUGUUAUUGAACAGGACAGUCCACUUAUUCAAUUAUGAAUAUUCAUACGUCUUGUCGCUUCCUGGUAUCCGUAUUUUUCAGUGGUCAGUCCAUAAUUCAGUAUUCUAUAUGUAUAAACCUUAGAGUUUAUUAAUAUUCAUCAGCCUGCAUGUCUUCUUAAGUUUUUCAAAUUGUGUAAAAACCAGACAUGCCAUGUGUUCCUUUAUCGGGUUCGUACCAGUUGUACCAAAUAGGUACGGUAUCAUAUAAUGAAACUCAAGUAAAUCUCAAGUAAUUUUUCCAAGAUGGCGGCCGUCGUUCGCUUAAAACAAGAAAAACCGAUUAUUUUCCUUCACACCUGAAUAGUUCUGUCAAAUAUUAAAAUAUUUAAUUUCAUCGAAAAUGGAGAGUCCCUGUCUCGUUUUAAACAAAUAUGACAUUUGCAUGUCUAAACUGAAGAAUCCCAGUUCCGCCAUCUUGUGUCCAAGUGGUGCGUUUGAAAACAUAAUCCAGGAGAACCGGUUCGGUUAUGCAGGUACAGUGCGUUCCAUUCGAAGUACAGUAGAUUUGUACCGGUACAACUGACACGAAUACGAUAAAGGAAGGCAUGGAUAGUUUUUCAUGGAUCUGUGAUCUUUUUGUUUGAAGUCCAUAUUUCAAUCUCAAGAAUCUUCAAGGUCUUCAAGAAUGCAUUGCAGGCACCUGUAUUUGCGCAAGGAACCUUAUAAGGGAUUGGGUCUGCAAUAUCUAAAGUCUAGUUCACGGUUAGGAGAUUGCGGUGGGUUCACAUGGUUUACAAGCGCGUCUCUCACCUAGAUGGCCGGGAUUACAUUCCCCGAUAUGAGGGCAAUUUAAUUGGGGUUUCUUUGGGUACUCGAGUAUCCUUCCACAUUAAGACCCUAAUCUGCGGGUCGCCUUCUAGAAAAAAAGAUUAAUUGGUAAUAAACCAUUGUUGUGAAUUAAAAAAAAAAAUUAAAUUUUUGAUCAACCAAUUCUUAUAUGAACAAUACGUAAACAAACUUUAUUGACAAAUUUUAAAGUACACAAAUCCAUUUUUUCACAAACGUUUUCAUUUUUUCAUAGCUAUAGCGACAACCUAACUAUAAAGCCACAUUUUCACUAGAAGAAUGAUGGCAGUAUAAUGAGGUUUUAGAGUGUUGUUGAUGUAGAGUUAUUUGCAUAUAAUGUAUAGCAUAUUAUUAGAAAUUGAAUGGCUGGAGCACGUCAACAUUAUCAAGACGUGAUAAAAUUUUGCAAAUCACAGGAAGUGACCGUAUACGGAAGUACAUAAUCAGGCAUGCGUACUAAUAAUCAUUUUGUGUGUUGGUUGUGCCGUAUGUUUUUAUUAUUAAAUGUUUGUUUUAAUCAGGGUAUAUAUUUACAAAAUAAAGACGUUUUUGUUGAAAA